AGUCGGUGAGGAGGUAUAACGUCGAUAGAAAGAUGGCGCGUUGGUUGCCAGGAGAACCCUGGCUGCUGGUGGUGGAUCACUCCGAGGGGCGGAGUCCAGGUCUAAAAGGCCACAAACGUUUCGGGGCUCUCGUGCUGACCGCCGGAUUAGACACGCUUGAAUUGGUCGGCCAGCGGACCGACAUCUAAGUGUUUCACGCCUCAGAUGACCGUUAUGACGCAGGCAGCAGCGGUGGAUGAAGGACACGGGUGGACUAGGAACUCAUCUGGAUCGAGUCAUGUCAAAAGCACGGUUCUGGAACAAAGAAUCGAGUGUUGAAGGGAGAAUCAUUUUGCUGCAUGGUGCAGGGCACCGGACGACACUCUGAAGACUUCUAUAACAGAUCCCACACCAACAUCAUCCUUUUGUUGACUAAAAGCAUCUCGCUUGAUUGCAACAUGAACAGCUAUAAUAAGUCAAUUCAGGAGGCUGUCGCUUGGAAAAGUCAUUACUGAAGAUUUAUGGGAUACGUUUAUUUUUCAAAGAAAAUAGAAUACCUACCUGCUUGAGAUAUCAGGAAACUCAGAUUUGAUUGGUCGCUCGCCUCAGAUGCAAAGACCAAAAUGACGCAUAAAGGCCAGGGUGGUAUCAAUCAACUUGGGGGCGUGUUUGCCAAUGGUAGACCCCUCCCCAUCCACAUACGUCACCGCAUUUUGGAACUGGCUCAUCUUGGACUCCGCCCAUGUGAUAUCUCGAGACAGCUACUCGUAUCCCAUGGUUGCGUCAGUAAGAUACUGAGCAGGUUUGCUGAAACGGGCUCAAUCUUACCGGGAGCCAUUGGCGGGAGCAAACCCCGUGUGUCCACUCCCGCUGUGGUGACACGCAUCGCACAGUACAAGCAGGAGAACUCCUCCAUGUUUGCCUGGGAGAUCCGGGAGCGAUUGCUCCUGGAUGGAAUAUGCAGCAAGGAGACACUGCCCAGUGUGAGCUCCAUCAACAGGAUCCUCCGAAACUGCUCCUCCGAACCCGAAGACAGAAAAGAGAAUUUGAACGAAGAUCCAUUGCUUCACACCAAAGAUUCGGACUGCCUUCACCUACCAAGCAGUCUGUCUCCCACAUCACCGAGACGGUUUCCCGAUGACAGGAGGUCCCUGUCGACGUCACCGACCGACGUCUCGUCCAUGACGCCUUCAUCGCGACGAUCGUCCUUUGCCGUCGACGACAUUUUAGGGCUUCGAGACUCCCAGCCGACAAAGAGAUCAAGAAUUGAAAUCGUCAGGAACGAAAAGGGUAGUCCUGACGAACCAGAUCAAAAGAAGGCCCGACGGGAGUCGGGGGAUGUUGGAGAAUCCGAUGUUAAGAAAUCUGUAAAGCGCCAUCCAUCAGACAUUGCUCUUCCCCAAGCAGAAAAAUGGCUCGACAAUAAGGCACUGAAAUUAUUACAGCAGCAUUCUGGAGCCGACGGGUCUAAAGCAGUGGUCGAAUUACCUCCUUCGACGACAUUUCUUCCAGCCCGACAUCCAUCCAUUCCCCCUCAUCAUCCACUGGCACGAUGGGCGUUACCAUUCCUUACCCUCCGAGGAGGGCAACAAUUCCCACAGCACCAAAGACCGGCCCUACCGUUUCACCCCUCUUCCAUACCCCACCACCCCUAUCACCAUCCCCAACCCACGAUACACCCUCCGCACAUCAUACCUCACCAAUCUAUCGUGCCUCAUCCCGGCAUUCCGCAUCCUGCCAUGGUGCACCCGAGAUUCGCUCUUCCGAUCAUGGAUCCAGACGAACGUGAUGUUCCCGCGGGAAAAAGGAGCGCUCUCAAACCCGCCAUUAUCGGGAACGACAUCAGGCCCCGCAUCAUGCCGUUCUGUAUUCCCACCGCUGUUCCAAGUAAACUGAUAUCAUCAUAAUGAAAUGCAUGCUUUCCAGCAUCUAUGACUAUCAUGAUACCUGAUUUUGAGACUAUUGUGCCUUUUGAUCAAUCAAAGUUGUACAUAAUGAUGACAAUGCUGAUUUUUUAUUCCAAAGCGAAUUGACAAUCGUAUCUUAGUAAUGAGAUUCAUCUACAUUUUGUUUUCAGUCACGCUAACGAAGAAAGCCUAUGAAACUUCUCAAGAUUCUCCCCUCCUCAUAAACCUUUACAAUAAUGUAAUAUGAUAUAUCUGAUAACCACAACUAUUAGGUAUCUGAAACAAUAAUGGUUGAAGUUUGUUUGUCAUUGAAUCAAUUUCAUCAGCAAUAGUGUAAAUAUUAAAUGUUCAACACACAUUUUCCAAUAUGUUGUGCUCUACAGAAGUCGAAGAAUUGCAAAAGUCAUAAUAUUAUGACUUACGGGAGAAUGCGGACAUUUUUUUU